GAAAUGGAACAAAGAAAUAAAGACAUUUGUCCUGCGUUUGCCGAAUUUGUGAAGCAUGGUAACAAAACUUGUCAGACGUUUUGCACUGAUGAAGGCCUGAAAAAUAAAAGCGAAUGUAUCGUAGUAACUUUAAAUCCAGGAGCUUGUUAUUGCAAACAGUCAGCUUUUAGAGUUCCCUCUGUUAAUCAAUGUAUUUCUCGUGAAGAAUGUGUAAGAAGACUGAAUGAGAAGAAAAAUGCUGAACGUAAACAACUUGGAAUUGGAGGCAGAGUAAGGAAGUAUUACACAAAUGUUAAACAGAAUGUAAAAUCAUUUUGGAGAAAAUUUUUUGGAUAAAGGAAUUAUUUUCUUAAUAUUUUAAUGAAUCUUAUAAU